AUGGCUCCUCCGGCCGCGCCCGCCCGCGCUCAGCGCCCCCGCGCCCGGCUCGGCGCGCCCAUGGGCCCGGGCCCCAGUGCGGCCGCGCGCCCCCGACCGGGUCACGGCCUGGGCGCGCCGGGCGCUGCGGGGGGCGGCCGCGGCCCCUCCGCGCUCAUGCCCGGCCCGGCCCGCGGGGGUGGCCGCGGGGGUGGCCGCUCGGCCGCGGUGGCUGCUCGGGGCCCGGACUGCCGGCGGGGGCUGCGGGCGGGGAGCACGGAGGCGCGGGCGGUCCGCUCGGCUGCUCGGCUCGCCGCUCCUCUGCUCGCCUCUGCGCGCGGCUCCUCCUCUCCCGGGCUCCGCUCCCCGGCUCCGCCCCUCCCGCCCCUGCCCUCCGCCCGCCGCCCCCCUCGGCCCUGCCUCGGGCCGCCCGGGCCCCGCGCGCACGUCACGGGCGCCAGUGAGCAUGCGCCCCGCGCCCGCCGCCCCCGCCCCUGCCCGCCACGCCCGCCCUCGCUCACCGCGCGCGCGCGGGGCCCGCCCUCCGCGUCCCUGAGCCCGGCCGGCCCCGGCGCGCGGACGGCCCGAGGGCGCUGGGCGGUGGGGGCGGGGACGACUCCCUGUUGCUUCCGCCUCCCGGGGCCUGGCCUGCGGCCCGGUGCGCCCCGCGGGAAGGAGCCUCGGCCUGGCCCGCCCCGGCCUGACGCCCGCCCGAAACUUCGGUCUCGCUCCGGAAGGCCGGAGGGCGGGCGCCAGGUCGCGGAGGGCGCCGUGGGGCCGGGCGGGAGACCCGCUGCCCGGGUCUGGGCGGCGCGCUGGGGCCCAGUCGGUCCCCAGCCGGUCCCCAAGCGCGGGGGCUCCUGCUUCGCAGGUGGGGGCGGGGUCGUGCCUCGGGCAAUGCCCCGUGCGCUCCGCUUUGCUGCGCGGGGAGUCGUGCUCUGGCUGCGGCGAGGUGUGGAACCGUUCUCGAACCUGUUGCAGCAGCGGGCAGCCGGGCUGGGCCGCCGGUCCCGUUCCUUCCUGCCCCGUCCAGGGCGGCCACCCCGAGGCCCAGUCUGGGAGGCCACGCCCGGCCCCGGGCUCCAGGUCCCUGCGGCACCGCGCUCCGCGCUGCCGGCCCUGAACCGGGCGGGCAGAGCUGGUCCUGAGAGGCGCGACCCCACAAUUUCACUCCCGCCCCGGGCUGUUUCUGGUUUCCCAGCGGAGAACGGACUCUUCGGCUCGCAGUCGGCCUGUGCUAAGUGA